AUGGAGGCUGAUCCGAGCCCGCAGCCUGGCGGCAAGGCCGUGGCUCCCGCGCGGCCGGAGGCGUCGCGGUCCGAGCCCGGGGAGGAGCCGCAGCCCCGGCAUCCCGAGAAAAAGCAACGAUGUAGAUAUGAUGGCCAAGAAACAAAAGGAUCUAAGUUCAUUACCUCCAAUUCAAGUGAUUUCAGUGACCCAGUUUACAAAGAGAUUGCUAUUACAAAUGGUUGCAUUAAUAGAAUGAGUAAGGAUGAACUCAGAGCUAAACUUUCAGAAUUCAAGCUUGAAACCAGAGGAGUAAAGGAUGUACUAAAGAAGAGGCUGAAAAACUAUUACAAGAAGCAGAAGCUGAUGUUGAAAGUGGACAGUUGUGCUGACAGUUACUACGACUACAUUUGUAUUAUUGACUUUGAAGCCACUUGUGAAGAGGGUAACCCACCCGAGUAUAUACAUGAAAUAAUUGAAUUUCCUGUUGUUUUACUGAAUACUGGUACCUUAGAAAUAGAAGAUACGUUUCAGCAGUAUGUGAGACCAGAGGUUAACACCCAGCUUUCUGAUUUCUGCAUCAAUUUAACUGGAAUUACUCAGGAUCAGGUAGACAGAGCUGAUACCUUCCCUCAGGUACUGAAAAAAGUAAUUGACUGGAUGAAAUUGAAGGAAUUAGGAACAAAGUAUAAGUAUUGCAUAUUAACAGAUGGUUCGUGGGAUAUGAGUAAGUUCCUGAACAUUCAGUGCCGGCUCAGCAGGCUCAAAUAUCCUCCUUUUGCUAAAAAGUGGAUCAAUAUUCGAAAGUCAUAUGGAAACUUUUACAAGGUUCCUAGAGGCCAAACCAAACUGACAAUAAUGCUUGAAAAACUAGGAAUGGAUUAUGAUGGGCGGCCUCACAGUGGCCUUGAUGACUCCAAGAAUAUUGCCCGAAUAGCAAUUCGAAUGCUUCAGGAUGGAUGUGAACUCCGAAUUAAUGAAAAAAUGCAUGCAGGACAGUUAAUGAGUGUGUCUUCCUCAUUACCAGUAGAGGGCGCUCCACCUCCACAAAUGCCACAUUCUAGAAAAUGA